UUUUUGUUCCAACAGAUUUUAUCAAUCUUUGUUCUGUUUUAUGAGUUGUAAUCUUUCCACCUUUCGGUUUUCAUCUCUCUUUCUCUGUGCAGAUAAUGGUCCUAUAUAUAUAUUCACUUCCUCUAGUGUUACAGAUCAAUCUUAUCUUUCAUGACCAUCUGCAAUGAAGAAAUACUAUCGAGUUUUGUUACUCAUCAUCAGCAUCAUCUUCUUCUUCAUCGCCUUUGCUUUAGCUGAAGAAGACAAAACAGUCGACCUGCUUCACAAAGAGAGACUAGAGGUCAGAGUAGCUAGUGGUACGAAAGCUCACGGAAGAAUUUCGGAAGUGAGCAAGGCAAGAGGCGUUUAUGGAGGUGGAUCACUUGUCAGACCUACAGGAAAGAAGAACAGAGCCAUGUCCUCCAUGACCAAAUCUGCUUCACUCGCUGUGCUUCACGCAUCAGUUGCAGUUCUGGUCCAUCUUUUCUUGCACUGAAACCUUAAGUAGAAACAGAAAAAAGGUUCAUAUUCCUACUUUUAUGUGGAAACUUGUUUUGUUGCAAAGUUUCAGAAUUUAUAAAUUUAUCUAACAUUUUACAUCCACCAAGUAGAGGGACUUCGCAUGUUUAAUAAAAGAUAUGGAGAUUUAUGUUCUCUCUUUCUCAAAAGAA